AUGCGGGCCAAGGUUGCCUUCUUCCCCCCCGGGUACGACAGCGAGGGGUUGGACAAGUUGGUCUUGGAGCUCACCACCAAGCACAACGAGUACGGGCCGACGCGGAUUCUCCCCGUCGGAGCGGAGCGCGACCAGCAGUACUUCCGGGUCUUCGGGAGAUUCAUCCUAGCCGGUUCUUCGAGGAAGAGGGGGCAAACCAGUACUUCGCCGGCAGCCCCGACCAAGAAGCCCCUCCCGGCAUCGGGCGGCGGUGACCAAGAUGCUGCUGACGCGGUUGUUGCGAUGGCGGCAGCUGCCGCUGGGGACUCAAGGGUCCCCGAUUCGAGCUCGCAGGGCACCGGCCCGGCGGCAGGUGCUCUUCGCGCAGUUGCCGGGGAUGCUACGGCUGCACCCGCGCCCACCGAGGUGCGGGUAUUCGACCUCACCGGCUUCGACGACGAUGCUCUGGCGGAGGUUGCCUCCGUCGGAGCCCUUCAACAAUCUGCCCCGGCGCCUGCCGAGGCCGGGACUGCUGUCGCAGGCAAUGCCACGCAGGCAGCGCCAUCUGUGGCAAGUGGCACGGAGCAACCUCCGCCAGCCGGAGCAGGCGGCGGUGCUCUGGAGAAGCCCCCGAGCCCCCAGUCUGCCCCUUUGGACGGGCAAGGAGCAGCGGGGCUUGGCCAGGCUGGGGGCGCUUCAUCGAAUCCCAACGCGCCCUCGGGAUCUCAGACGGUUGCGGCGGGAUCCUCCUCCUCUGCCGGAGCCACCUUCAGCUCGGGAGCAGGGGAGCUCGCCGGGCGGUCAUGGGGUCGGAUUACUUUCGACCCCAGCGUGUUCCAGCAAGGGCAACAAGUGGCCAACAACAUCCAGCAACAGCAGUGGAUAGCAAAGCACGCCAUGGAUCGAUCUGGUGCCGCCGACAAGCACAGUAUCGGCCGAGGACAGAAGCGGACGGCCGAGAAGGAAGAAGACACUAGUGGACACCACCAGGAUGAUGAGCCACUGGAGCGUCGAGAGGUCCACUCUGAAGACGAGGAACAUACCGAGAAGGUAGCCAACGAGAUCCUCCAGUUGAUGAACGAAGGGAAAUAG